ACGCAUGGAUGAGAAAAUGCAUAGACCGGUAUAUACGGUCCACCACAGCCCAUCUAGAGGAAAAACUCUUGCCCUGAUUCCGCUCUCUCUCUCGUUGUUCCAUUCUGAACUCCAUUAAUGGCAGCCUCUCUACUUCGCUCCCACUCCUCCUCCCGCCUCGCCCUCGCUAGGGUUAGGGCUUGUCUCUCCUCCCUCCCCCUUCUCCACUCCCUGCCCGACCCCAAUCCCCCAGUCCUCCGCUCUCAAUUAGGGCCCGGUUUCUCACCACAAAAUCCCUCCCUUCCCCCCUUCCCCCCGUGGGCGAAGCCCCGCUUCUUCUGCUCCCCCUCCUCCUGCCCCGCCGCCCCCGCCCCCGCCCCCGCCCCCGCCCCCGCCCCCGCCACCGCCCAAGAUUCCGAUUGUUCCACCGCCGCUGCCUACACUGGCGAUGAGGCCGCCGUCAGCGAAGAAUCCGCCUCCGCAUCCCUCGACCCCCUCGACGUCUACCGCGAGCUCCGCCGCGCCGACGAGAGCUCCACCAGGCUCAAACGCUCCGAGUGGAACUCCCUCGUCAAGGUAUUCCGCGGCUUCGCCAAGUCCCCCUGGGCCUCCGACCAGGCCCUCGCCGUCUACAUCCCCGCCUCCUUCUUCCCCCACGCCGCCCGCCGCUUCCGCGAGUUCUUCCUCCGCCGCUGCCCCCCGCACGUCUUUGGCCACCUCGCCGCGCUCGGCCCCUCCCCCGAGGCCGACCGCUUCCUCUUCCCCAUCUUCGUCGAGUUCUGCCUCGCGGAAUUCCCUGACGAAAUCCGCCAGUUCCAGACCCUCAUCGACUCCGCCGACCUCACCAGGCCCCACACCUGGUUCCCCUUCGCCCGGGCGAUGAAGCGCCGCAUUGUGUACCACUGCGGCCCCACCAACAGCGGCAAGACCUACAACGCGCUCCAGCGGUUCAUGGAGGCCGGCAGUGGGGUCUAUUGCAGCCCGCUCCGGCUCCUCGCCAUGGAGGUGUUCGACAAGGUGAACUCUUUGGGUGUCUACUGUAGUCUCCAAACCGGCCAGGAAAAAAAGCUGGUGCCUUUCUCCAACCACGUUGCCUGCACCAUCGAGAUGGUGACGACCGAGCAGCUCUACGAUGUCGCCGUCAUCGAUGAGAUUCAGAUGAUGGCUGACCCAACCCGAGGUUAUGCUUGGACAAGGGCGCUGCUUGGACUCAAGGCUGAUGAGAUACAUUUGUGUGGAGACCCGAGUGUUUUGAAGAUGGUGAAGAAGAUAUGUAAAGAAACAGGCGAUGAGUUGGAGGUGAACCACUAUGAGAGGUUCAAGCCUCUGGUGGUGGAGGCUAAGACUCUUUUAGGGAAUUUUAAGAAUGUUCGAUCGGGGGACUGCAUUGUGGCCUUCUCAAGAAGAGAGAUUUUUGAGGUGAAAUUGGCUAUCGAGAAGUUUACUAAGCAUAAGUGCUGCGUCAUCUAUGGUGCAUUGCCGCCAGAAACCAGGCGGCAGCAGGCUAGCUUGUUCAAUGAUCAGGGCAAUGAGUAUGAUGUUCUGGUGGCGAGUGACGCAGUUGGGAUGGGCUUGAAUCUUAAUAUUAGGAGGGUUGUUUUCUAUUCGCUGUCGAAGUAUAAUGGUGAUAAGAUGGUGCUAGUUGCUCCCUCCCAGGUGAAACAGAUAGCUGGGCGAGCUGGCCGGAGAGGUAGUGCAUAUCCAGACGGGCUCGUGACCACCUUCCUUUUGGAUGAUUUGGACUAUCUGAUCGAGUGUUUGCAGCAGCCAUUCGAAGAGGUGACAAAAGUUGGUCUUUUUCCCUUCUUUGAGCAAGUGGAGUUGUUUGCUGCACAGUUUCCAAUUGCAACUUUCUGUGAGUUAUUGGAUAAGUUUCGUGAGAACUGCCGGCUUGAUGGGAACUAUUUCUUGUGUCGGCAUGAUGGUGUGAAGAAAGUGGCAAACAUGUUGGAGAAGGUACAGGGGUUAUCUCUUGAAGAACGAUUCAACUUCUGUUUUGCACCGGUCAAUAUUAGGGACCCAAAGGCAAUGUACCAUCUCUUGAGAUUUGCUACGCACUAUAGCCAGAACCAUCCUGUUGGUAUAGCAAUGGGGAUGCCAAAGGGUUCUGCUAGAAAUGAUGCAGAGUUGUUGGAUCUUGAGACAAAGCAUCAGGUUUUAUCUAUGUAUCUGUGGUUAUCACAUCAUUUCAAGGAGGAUACAUUUCCUUAUGUGCAGAAGGCUGAGACAAUGGCGUUCAGCAUUGCUGAUUUGCUUGGUCAGUCUCUUGCCAAAGCUUGCUGGAAGCCUGAAUCAAGAUCACAGGGGAAGCCAAGACGUAUAGAAGAGGAGAAUAGCCAGGACGAGCUAAAGCCAGUUGCUGAAGAAAGUUAUGACAGGCCAAGAUCACUCAUAAAAGCAUACAAAAUGAAAGGACAGGAUCAGCCUGGCCAGCAUCAUCCUGCCGGGAAUUUUGUGGUAUGACCUUUUGUCAGAUGCAUCCGUUUAUGGAGCCAGCCCUGUCGCUGUUGUAUCACUAGAAUUCAAUCACUUCUGAUCAUAUUCAUCCACCUAGUGAUGUGCCACUUUCACUAAAAGAGCACGGUGAUAUCGCGAUCCACCAAAAGCUUCUCUUCCAGACAAGGAUCUUGGUCCUUGAAACAAUGUAUUUCUGCUAACGCGAUCAAAUGCUUCAUGUGCCUAUUUACAUGCAGACUAAGCAAGCUUAGAACUAACAAAGAAAGGGCUAAGGGAAGCAGGUUGAUACCAAAGCAUAAAAUCGAAGGCAUUUUUUUCUAUUGUUUAUUUAUAAGCUGCUAAUCUGAAACAGUAUUGAGUUUUAGGCCUCAUUAAUUUUGUCAUAGUCUAAGUUAGCUGUUGCUUCUGUAAUCUGUAAAGGUAAAACUUGGAUGAUUUCAUAAAUUAGUAACUUGUCUUUGCGAUGGA